GAUGUUGGAAGACGAGCAGAUGCUGGAAGCCCUGGAGAUGCUGGAAGACCUGGAGAUACAGGAAGACACGGAUUUGUUGGAAGACGUAGCUUAGUUGGAAGACAUAUAGUUUCCGGAAGAUGUGGAUUUUCUGGAAGACAUGGCUUGGUUGGAAGACAUGGAUUUUCUGGAAGACGUACCUUUGUUGGAAGACGUACCUUUCUUGGAAGACGUACCUUUGUUGGAAGACGUACCUUUCUUGGAAGACGUACCUUUCUUGGAAGACGUACCUUUGUUGGAAGACACAGGUAGGCUGGAAGACAUUAAUUUGAUGGAAGACAUGGCUUUGUUGGAAGACGUGGAUUUGCUGGAAGACACAGAUUUCCUGGAAGACCUGGAUUUUUCGGAAGCUAUGGAUUUGAGGGAAGACAAGGAUUUUCUGGAAGACGUGGAUAGUCUGGAAGACAUGGCUUCGGAAGACGUGGAUUUGCUGGAAGACACAGAUUUCCUGGAAGGCUUGGAUUUUUUGGAAGCUAUGGAUUUGAGGGAAGACAAGGAUUUUCUGGAAGACUUGGAUUUUUUGGAAGCUAUGGAUUUGAGGGAAGACAAGGAUUUUCUGGAAGACAUGGAUAGUCUGGAAGACCUGAGGCCAUUGGAAGACGUGGAUUUUCUGGAAGACAUGGCUUUUUUGGAAGACAUAGAUUUUCAGGAAGACCCGAAUUAUCCGGAAGACCUGGAUUGUUGGGAAGACGUGGAUUUUCUGGAAGACUGGAGGUCACUGGAAGACAUGGAUUUUCUGGAAGACAUGGAUUUUCAGGAAGACGUGGAUCUUCAGGAAGACGUGGAUCUUCAGGAAGACAUAUAUUGGCUGGAAGACCUGGAUUUUUUCCGGAAGACGUGGAUUGGCUGGAAGACCUGGAUUUGGUGGAAGACAUAGAUUUUUCUGGAAGACGCUGACUGACUGGAAGACCUGGAUUUCUUUCUGGAAGACACUGAUUGACUGGAAGAUCUAGAUUUUUCU